CACAAACACGGCGAUGACGACGUCGGCGCUGCUCAGCACGGGCGCGCGGCUCCUCCAGGCAAUCACGUCGCUGGCGACGCUCAUCGCUGUCUUCAUGGCCUUUGACUCGUUCAUGUUCCGCGACAACAGCAAGACGUACCGCUUCAUUACGGUGCCCAUGAUGGCUACCCUCGUCGUGAGCACGGCCGGCUUCCUCUUCGCCGCGUCCUACUGCCUCUUCGUGCUCGCGCUCGACCGGCUGCAGCCCGACGUGCUCGUCGAGCGCAUCGUCGACGGCCUUCUCGCGAUGGCCUUUGCGCUCUGCGGCAUCUUCAUGGCCGGCCUCGGCGGCUGCAGCGCCUCGGACCCGUCGCAGUUCCACUGCGCUACGUACAGCGCGACGAUGGCACUAAACUUUGUCGCCGCCGUUCUCUUUGCCUUUGCCAUGGUCUAUAGCCUCCUCACGACCGAGAUCCCGCACCCGGACGCCGUCGAGAACCUCGUGCCCCGGGGCAACUAUGGCCGCGCGUCGUCGCCCGCCCACAUUAGUCCCAAGGCCGACGAUACGCUCACGAUCAUGCCCCGCGGACAGUUUGGCUCGGUGCAGCCCCAUGCGCGCGGCCACAACAAGCACGACCAAGACAACACGAACGAACUCGUGCCCCGGGGUAAAUUCGGCUCGAUCGUGUAA